GCGCAGUUGCUAACAAUGGGGGCGUCACCGGGCUCCCUGAACAUUUCGGUUUCUCUGGCGAGACCGAGCGCCCCACUGGCUUGGGUCUCUGCUCCGCAGAGUAUCAUGUCCAGGCUUUGCCUCUCCCUUUUGUUUCUUUUUACCUGGCAACCGUCGUGGUUGUUGGGCCAGGAAGCUCCGCUUCCGGCGUGGGCCCGUCGGACCUCCGGCCCUCGGAGAUCCCCGGAACCCCCGGAACCCCCGGAACCCUGGUCUUCGCACUCUUCUGAACUCCUGCAUGAAUCGCUCCAGGCACUUACCCGCCCCGCAGAGGCGGGGGGGGGCUUUAAUAACUUGAGGUCCUCUGCUCCAGCCCAGAUAUCGGCCCCGCCUAAGCAGUUGACUGAGACUUUGGUUCCAUUCCUGGACACGGAUUCAAAUGGUGAGCUGCCCCCAGAGACAGAUCAGUAUCUGAAUGACAAGCCAACCCUGCACGAAAGGCUCUUACAAGUGGUUCCAGCGUUGGGUGAUGAGAAUCAGGCCAUAGUUCUACCUCCUCCACUCAAAAGUAAGAUGAAAACUGGAGAUGAGCCAGAAGAUCACCAGUCAUUGGAAAUACUUGCUCCACCUCUGGACAGUCAGGGUUUAAACCAAAGAAAGUUUUUUGUUUCAUCCCCAAACCUGGACAAAGAUCUAGUUCAGCAUCGAAGGCUUGCCAAAGUUGUUAUUGGAACUCCAAACCAAUUUGCAAAUAAAGAGCUCCUAGAACAACUGCAGGACGAUUAUUCAGAUUCUGGUAUGGAUAUCAUAUACCCUGAGGAAAACCGACCAAUGGAUUUCCCAGGGGGACCAGAUCAACCCCCAGAGCUCCCUGAGGAGCUUGAAAUUUCUUCACUCCUGCAGGAGACCCCUGCAGGACCUCUCCAGUCCACUGUAGAGGAACCUGAACCUUUUGUGCCUGGAGUGGAGGCCCAGGCCAAGCAUCCAGAGUCCCCUGAAGAGACAGAAACACCUCCACUUCUUCAGGACGCUCUAUCUCAGCCUCCAGAGAUCCUUAAGGAAGCUGGAAAUUCUGUAAGCCCACAGGAGGCCCCAGCUGAACCUUCAAGUACCCCUGAAGUCCAACAGGAAGCCUCAGCUCAACCUACAGAGGCACCUGAGGAAGUAGAACCUUGGACCCCUCAGGAGGCCCCAGCUCAGCCACCAGAGGAGAAGGUACCACCUCAGGAGGUAAAUGUGCCAUCUCUGAGUCAGAAUGAAGCUCAGCGGCCAAAAUUACACAAUGUCACUGUUAAACCUGUAGAUUUGGCACUUACUGUAACUGUGACUCAGCCUCCACAGCACCCCAAGAAGGCUGAGCCUGCAAUCCUGCAAGAACAACCAGCUCAGCCACCAGAGCUGUCUUUGGGGGAGGUGGAACCUAUUCCAACCCAGCAGGAGCACCCAGCUCAACCUCUAGAGCAUCAUGAGGUGAAAGUUGCACCUCCAGGUCACCAUCAGGUUCAACAGUUAAACCUGCCCAAUAUCACUGUUAAACCUGCAGGCGUGCAGGUUACUGUAACACCAGAACCCACUACAGAGGUGGGACCUUUGCCAGUUCAACGUGAGUCUGUCACUCAGCCCUCUGUGCCCCUUAAUGUGGAACCUUUUGCAACCCAGCAUGAAGCCCCAACUCUGCCUCCACAGUCCCCUGAGGAGAAUGAACAUUUGCCAUUUCAACAGGAGACUCCAACUGAGUCCCCAGAAUCUCCCACACAGGAGAAACCUCCAACACAGCAGGAGACCCCUGUUCAGACCCCUGGAGAGGUUAAACCUUCCACAACCCAGCAGGACACCCUGGCUCAGGAUUCACAGGCUCCUGAGGAGGGUGAAUCACCUUCAACCCAGGAGGAGGCCCUGGCUCAACUUCCAGGGACUCAGGAAGAGAAGGAACCUUCUCCACCCCAGCAGGAGGCCCCUGCUGAGCUUCCACAAAUCCCUGAGGAGGGUGAACCUUCCUCAAUACAGGAGGAGAGCCAGGAUCAUCAUGCACAGACUCCUGAGAAAGCUAAACCUUCUUCAACCCAGCAGGAGGCCCCAACCCAGUAUCCACAGGCCUCUGAGGAGGGAGAACCAUCUCCAGCUCAGGAAGAGGCUCCCACUCAAUUUCCACAAAUUCAUGUGAAGAGUGGGUUUCCAGAACAACAUCCAGCCCCUGCUGAAAAUGUUGAACCUUAUCCAGAUCAGCAGGGAGUACCAACACAGACUGGAGAUCUUCCUGAAGAAACUGAACUUUCUCCAAGCCAGCAGUGGAGCUCAUCUCUGCCUCAGAUGCCUGUCGUAGGUGUAGAACCUUCUCCAGUCCAGCCUGAGCACCAGGCUCAGCCUCCAGAGUCCUCUACAGAUAUUGUAGCUCAGCCUCCAGUACAUCAUGAGGUGACAUCCUCCCGUCUAGGUCCUGGUGAAGCUCAGCAUCCAAUGUUGCCCAAUAUCACAGCAAAACCUGUAGAUCUGGAGGUUUUCAUAACUCCAGUGCCCACUAAGUUUGAACAUGCUCCAGGGCAGCAGGAGGCCUCUGCUCAAGCUCCAGUUCCCCCUGAGCAGGUUGAAUUUUCUCCAGCCCAGUCCGAGCUUCUUUUCCAGUCUCCAGAGACCCUUGAAGAUGAAUUUCCUCCAGGCCAACAAGAACUCAUAGUAAAGACUCCAGACCCUCCUAAGGAGAUGGAACCUACUUCAGCCCAACAGGAGGCCCCAGCUGAGCCAUCAGAGCCCCAUAAGGAGAUUGAACCAUCUUCAAAUGAGUACACAGUCUCAGCUCAUUCUCCAGGGCCCACUGAAGACGUCAAGCCUCCAACCCAACCAGAGGUUCCAGCUCAGCCUCCUGUUCCCCAGCAGGUCCCAGCUAUAUCUCCUGAGCCCCGACAGGAGGUAGAGCCUUCUGCCACACAACAGGAAUCCCCAGCCCAGUCUUUAGAACUUGCUGACAAAGUGGAACCUCUUCCAGUCUCUCAAAAGACCCCUUCUCAGCUUCUACAGUUUCCUGAGAAGGUGGAAUCCUCUCCAGUCCUGCAAGAAGCUCCAUCUCUACCUCUAGAGCCCCUUAAGGAGGUAGAACUUUCUCCAGCCCAACAGGUGGCACAGACUCAGCCUUCAGAGCUCCCUGAGAAGCUAGAGUCAUUUCCAAUUCUGCAGCAGGCUUCAACUCAGUCUCCAGAGCCCCAUCAAGAGUCAGAACCUUCUCCAGCUCAGCCUCCAGAGCCAUCUAAGGAGGUUGAACCACAACUUCCAGUCCAUAACGAGAUGACAGUUCCACCUCAAGGACAAGAUCAAGCUCAGCGUUCAAGCUUGCCCAGUGUCACUGCUAAACCUGUUGACUUGGAGUUUACUGUACCUCCAGAGCCUUCUACAACCCUGCAGCAGACUCUAGCUCCUCCAGAGGAUCCAGAGGUGACACUUCCACAUCCAGAACAUGUUGAGGCUCAGAGUCCAAAUUUGUCUGAAGUCACAGUUCAACCUUUAGAUCUGGAGCUUACCAUAACACCAGAACCCAUUACAGAGGUUGAAACUUCAACCAUGCAAGAGACUCCAGGUCCUCCUUUAGAGCCACCUGACGAGUCUGUAAUGCAGCCUCCCAUGUAUCGGGAGGUGACAGUUCCAACUCCAGGUCAGGAUCAAGCUCGGCAUCUAUUGUUACCCAAUGUAACGGUUCAGCCUUUGGACUUGGAGCUUACCCUAACUCCAGAACCCACCACAAAAGUUGAACAUUCUACAACCGUGAGUAAAACUACUGUUCCUCCAAAGGACAUGGAAGUGACAUUUGCACAUCAAGAGCAGGUUCAAGCUCAGCAUCCAAUCUUGACUGAAGUCACAGUUCAGCCUUUGGACCUGGGGCUUACCAUAACUUCAGAAUUCACUAAGGAGAUUGAACUUCCUCAACCUAUGCAGGAGACUCCAAUCCAGCUUCCAGAGCCACCUAAGGAGGUUACUGUAGCUCAAUCUCCAGUAUAUCAGGAGGAGACCAUUCCAACACCAGGUUGGGAUCAAAUUCAGCAUCCAUCAUCACCCAGUGUAACAGUUCAACCUUUGGACCUGGAGCUUACUGUAAGUCCAGAACCCACUACAGAAGUUGAACAUUCUACAGCCCUGAAAAAGACUAUAGCUCCUCCAAAAGACGUGGAGGUGACAUUUGCACAUCUCGAGCAGGUUCUGUCUCGCCGUCCAAACUUGACUAAGGUCACAGUUCAACCUUUGGACCUGGAACUUACCAUAACUCCAGCAUCCACUACAGAGAUUGAACCUUCUCCAACCAUGCCUCUAGAGCUGCCUAAGGAACUUGUAGCUCAACCUUCCAUAUAUCAAGAGGCAGCAGUUCCAACGUCAGCUCAGGAUCAAGCUCAGCACCUGUGGUCACCAAAUGUGACAACACAACCUUUGGCCCUAGAGCUUACCAUAAGUCCAAAACCCACUACAGAGGUUGAACAGUCUACAACUCUGCAUCAGACUACAGCUCCUCCAAAGGACCUUGAGGUGACAUUUCCACCAUCAGAGCAGGUUCAGGUUCAGCAUUCAACCUUAAAUAAAGUCAAAGUUAAACCUUUGGACUUGGGGCUUACCAUAACUCCAGAACCUACUACAGAGACCAAACCUUCUCCAACCAUGCAAGAGACCCCAACUCAGCCUCCAGAGCCACCUAAGGAGGUUGUAGUUCAAUAUCCAUUCCAUCAGGAGGGGACAGUUCCAACCCUAGGUCAGGAUCAGGCUCCGUAUCCAACUUUACCCAGUGUCACAGUUCAUCCUGUGGACAUGGGACUUACCAUAACUUCAGAACCUACUACCCAGGUUGAACGUUCUACAACCACCAAGACUACAACUCCCCCUCCAAAGGACCUUGAGAUGACGCUUGCGCAUCUCGAGCAGAUUCAGAGGCAACAUCCAAACCUGACUGAAGUCACUGUUCCACCUAUGGACCUGGAAAUUACUGUAACUGCAGGAUCCAAUAUGGAAGUUGAACCUUCUCCAGCCAGGCAAGAGACCCCAACUCAGCCUCCAGAGCCACCUAAGGAGGUUAAAGUUCAAUAUCCAUUUCAUCAGGAAGUGAUGAGUCCAACUCCAAGUAAGGGUGAAGUCCAGCAUCCAGAAUCACCCAGCAUCACAUUUCAUAAUGGGGGCUUGGGGCUUACCAUUACUCCAGAACCUAUUACAGAGGCUAAACAUUCUGCAACCACGAAGAAGACUACAGCUCCUUCUCCAGCGGACCUUGAGGUGACACUUGCACAUCGAGAGCGUGUUCAGAGUCAACAGCCAAACCUGACUAAAGUCACUGUUCCACCUAUGGACUUGGAAAUUACUGUAAGUCACCAACCAGAGUCAUCUGAGUCGGUUCUCCCCCCAACGACUCAGCCCUCAGUGGUGCAUUUUGCAAAAUACUUCCCAGAAAAGGCAUAUACAACUUUCACUGAGCAGCCAGAACAGAGUGUUACCACAAAUGUCAACAUAUGUGAGCUCUGUACCUGCAAAGAUGAGACGCUAUCGUGUACUGGUUUCAGCCCAAAGCAGAGGCUCCGCAGAGUGCCUGUGCCAGAGCCCAACACGGACAACAACACCUUCACCAUCUUAAAUUUCCAAGGAAACGCUAUUUCUUACAUUGAGGAGAAUACAUGGAAGCCAUACCGUUGGACUGAGAAAUUAAUUCUCAGUGAAAAUUAUUUGACUGAAUUACAUAAGGACUCAUUUGAAGGCCUGCUAUCCCUACAGUAUUUAGAUUUAUCCUGCAAUAAGAUACAAUCUAUUGAAAGACGGACAUUUGAACCACUACCUUUUUUGAAGUUUAUAAAUAUGAGUUGCAAUGUAUUGACGGAAGUGAGCUUUGGAACAUUUCAGGCCUGGCAUGGAAUGCAGUUUUUACAUAAGCUAAUUCUCAGUCAUAACCCUCUGACAACUGUUGAAGAUUCAUAUCUUUUUAAAUUGCCAGCAUUAAAAUAUUUAGACAUGGGAACAACACAGGUGUCACUUUCAACAAUUGAGAGCAUUCUCAUGAUGACCCUUGAAUUGGAAAAACUGAUAUUACCUAGCCGUAUGUCCUGUUGUCUCUGCCAACUCAAAAAUAAUAUUGAGGUUGUUUGCAAGACAGUCAAGCUGCAUUGUGACGGUGAAUGUUUGACAAAUGCCACACGUUGUGAUGAAAAAGCAUCUAUAAUGAAUGUAGAAGGAUCAUUCAUGAAGGUAUUAAAAGCCCGGAAGAAGAGUACCAGUACUGAGCUGACAAUUGAGCCAGAGAAGGCAUCCUCAGACAAAAAUGGCAUCGGUCUGUCAGCCUUUAUGAAUGAGCAGUUAGACUUUAAUGAUGAAAGUGAUGUUAUCAGUGCGCUGAAUUACAUAUUACCUUAUUUCUCAGAGGGAAAUGUAGAAGAUGUAGAAUCAACAUUACUACCAUUCAUUAAAACUCUGUUUUCAAAUGUUCAAGAUGGAGACAAGCCUGUGGGUUACUUGAAAAACAACACAAAGAGCCCUUCUCUUGAACCUGGACCCAACAAUUCAACUUACAAAAAUAAACUGAGGAAACUCUCUUUCCUGGAAAAUUUGUUAGAUGCAGAAAUUCAAGAAAAAAUUGAUGAGGUAAAAAAGAAAGAAAAAACUGCCAUGCUUAUACCUCCCGGGAUUUUAGGUCCCAAAUUUAAGAAAUUGGAAACUGCCCAAGGACAGGAAAAGACCCUUCCCAAGGCUAAGAAUUUACGGAAGAGGUGGUUUAGAAAAAACAGUGUUCUCAAGGGCCCCAAGGACCUACAGAAAAGGCACUACAAGGAAGUGGACGUUCAGAGCACCCAAGGGAAACAGAGUGCCCAGUCAUUUGUGAAGAACAUGGCCAAAGAAAGAAGGCUCAGUGGACCAUCCCCAAGGGAGCUGGAGGAGCUUCACAUGGCCCAGAGGCCCAGGAAAUUAGUGGGAAACUCCGUCCACACAGAGUCUUCAUUCAUAAAGGAGCACAAGGCAGCAGCCUCUUCUUUCCCGAAGCAAAACAUAAUGGGCAAGCCUUCUGCCUCCACUGCUCCAAAAUCCCUACCUAAGGUGAAAAACAAAUCAGAAGACUCAACCUACCCCAUUGUUGUUUUAGAAGAUGCGAAUGCUAGAGUUAGGGAAAUGGAGGCUUCCAGACCAGUCUCGCAUUCUGGAAAAAAGUAUAUUUUCCAUAAAAUUCGCUCACGUAUAGUCCAAAGAACACCCAAGACCAAAAAAAGUAAAAAGUUCAGAAAGAAAAACUCACUCUCGAAUAGAUUGAUGCCUGCACAGAGGCCUCCAUUGCCUGCCGUCAGGAGCCUCAUCGAUUCCCCUUCACAGGAGGCUAUUUCAUCUUCAGAAAAACGAAUUCAGGAAAAUCCUUUUCCAGAAUUAUUUACUCUUUCAGAACCUUCUAAAGAAAACACUACUGUAGAAAACACUACUGCACAGAAUGCUUCUGAAGAAAUUAUUUCUCCAGGAAGCACUACUGUAUCAGAACAAACUCCCCCUGAAUUCACAAACCGUAGGAAUCUUUCCAAUACAUAUUCUACUACCACCAGAGACAACUUUGUGCCGACUGUUAAACAAACCAAUGAAACACAAUGGGAAUACCACAACUUGGUCACUGACUUGCCCCCAAAGCCCACAGGCUUCAGUGUUGCAAAGCUCUCAUCCGCAGGUGAUCUAUUUGAAAUUCAGCUAAACCAGCAGCUACGGUCCCUCAUCCCGAAUAAUGACGUGAGAAGGCUCAUUUCUCAUGUUAUCCGGACUUUGAAAAUGGACUGCUCUGAGACCAAUGUGCAACUGGCCUGUGCCAAGCUUAUCUCCAGAACAGGCCUCCUGAUGAAGCUUCUCAGCGAGCAGCAGGAAGUAAAGGUGUCCAAGGCAGAGUGGGAUACAGACCAAUGGAAGACUGAGAACUAUAUCAAUGAGAGCACAGAAGCCCAGAGUGAACAGAAAGAGCAGAAGUCAAGUGAGCCAACAAAAGAAGUUCCAGGUUAUGGCUAUAACAACAAACUCAUCUUGGCAAUAUCUGUGACUGUAGUAGUAAUGAUUUUGAUUAUAGUUUUCUGUCUCAUUGAGAUUUAUUCUCAUAGAGCAGCACCAGUGGAAGAUGAAGAAGGAGGCUCAAGGCUCUUCUUUAAUUCUCUGCUGCAUAAGAGAUGUUCAAUCCAACGGGAGAAUCAGGGCUUUUUCUGGAGAAGGCGGCCACUGUGGCUUCGGGACAUGUACAGACCUCUCAAUGCCACACGGAAGAAAAACAUGGCACAGAAGCUACACGACAGGGAUUCUUCUGAUGAGGAUGAGAUUUUCAACAAGGAACCAGGAGAGAAAGGUGGUGCCCCAGUAGAGAAGCCUCGGGCUGCAGAUUCAGCUGCUGAAGACCUGGGUGAGGAGAGCGACAGUGAACUCCGCACCGUCAUCGUCCUCAAGUGACUUUGUCCUGCCUCAGGCUGUCUAUAAAGUUUAUUUUUAUUUUUAUUAAAAAAUUUUUUAUU